GGCAGGGCAGGGCAGGCAGACAGCAAAGAGAGAGAUCGAGCGAGAGAAAAGAAAGAAAGACAAACUCGAGAGGGCAUAGUCACUGCUAAUAACAACAGAAGUCUAUUACAGCCGUACUCCCUCCUCUGCCAGUCACACACACUCCCUCCCACACACACACACACACACACCGAUGUAAUUCCCGGCCGUGGACCUCUCCAGAGUUACACCGGCUGCAGGCUGUUGGUUUUAUGUUGCAGUCUCUUCUCCCAGCGUCCUGGCGUCCCCGUCUUUUCUCCUCCCUUGCUCUGCCCUGCAGUUUGUCCUUUCCUGUCUGGUCCACCGCCCAGUCCAGUUCCUUCCUCCAAUGUGCCUGUCAGCAGCAGCACCAGCAGCACCAGCAGCACCAGCAGCACCAGCAGCACCAGCAGAAGCUCCAUCUCCAGCUCCAGCUCCAGCUCCCGGUGCCGUGUGAUCCCGUCCAAUGGUAGCUGCCGUUUCCAAUCUCCCUCCCCUCGUGCUCGCUCGCCCGCUCCCUCCCAUCCCAGCCGCCCUCGACCCAGACAGUCGAGGACGAACCCGUCAACAAGACGACAAUGUCCGUCUUUGAAUCACCUCCACCUGCGCCCACGCCACAGCGCCAGCCCUCUUUCGUCGGCCUCCCUCCCAUCAGCCCCGGCCCCGAGUUUGGUUCCGCCCUGGGCAUCUCUGCCGCCGACCUCAGCGACCCCCAUCGCGCUGUUUCUCCACCGGGCCACCACCCCCAAGGCCCGUCUCCACAUCCUUACUACCAGGCUGGCGGCGCCAGUCGCAUCGCCAACGCUGUCUUCAAGCCCGACAACACCACGCCCAACGCCAGCAACGGUGCCCGUCCCGGGCCUGUCCCGGGCGCGUCUCCCCUCGCCUCGCCCACCAUGAACUACCAACUACAGUCCUCCUCGCCUCACCCGCACGGCACUCAGUUCAUGCAGGGCCCCUACGUGAUGAUGCAGUCGCCACACGCACAGCAGCCCUCCGCCCAGCACUUCCAGCCCGCUGCUCAACAGUUCGGCGCCAACCCCGGCGCCAACCCCAAUCCCAGCGUCAUGCACCAUCAGUCGGGCCCUUCCCAGCCCGGCUACCUUGGGCAGAAGGCCCCGGUCAGCUACCAGCAGUUCCAGUCCUCCUCCCCGCCGCCGGGCAUGCCCUCGCCCAGCUUGAUGUCUAACGGCCAGUUCAACUUGCCGCCCGGGUGGAAGAUGGAGCAGUCCCAGCUGCAGCAGCCCCUCUCCUCUCCAAGGCACCGGCACUCGCCAAGCAUCUCAUCCCUCAAGCAGCAGAACCAGGCUUAUGCCAUCGACAAGGAAACCGGCGCCCUGUCCACCAGGUCCGUGUCGCCUCCCACCCACUCACCUGUCGACUCGCGUCGCCCUGGUCAGCCUGCUCUGCUCUCAUCUGCCGGGCCGUCCUCGCAGAACGGCGAGUUCCAGCCUCCAAACGCCCCCUUCAUGCAGCACACCCAGGGUGCUGCCCUGGCCCGGAGCUCUACCAACAUCACCCAAAACUCACAGUUCCACGACGAGCCCGAGAGUAAGCGUAACUCAAAUGUCUUCUCAAGCAUACGCAACAGGCUUGCUGGGAAUGCUGGUGACCAGCGCGACGCCAUGACUGGCCGACCGCAGCCCAACGGUGGUCUCACGGCAGACGACGUGUCCGACGCAAGCAUCCCCGUCGACGACCAGGGCAGAAGAGGGCCCUCUAAUUUCUUCGGCCUCCGUGGCAACGGGCAGUCCAACGGUGAUGGGCCACCCUUUUCAAGCAAUGGCAACGGUGGUGCUCCGUUCAGCCCCCCCAAGGAGAAGCGCCCCUUCUUCACUCGCCCCAGCGCCCUGGGCAUCAAUUCUUCUUCACAACAAGAAGUCACGAGGCCUGCAACUUCAGAGGGCGUGAUGGGUCCACCUGUCGUCGGCUUCGGUCCUGGACAGCCCAAGAAGAGAUUCUCCAAGAUCGCUGGCAUGCUCAACCGCGACAAGACAGAAGGCCAGCCAUCUCAGCCGCUGGGUUAUGGCGCAAGCCAAAGGCCGUCUUUUCAGGGACAGCGGCCGAAUCCUGCGGGUGUUAUGGCCUAUCCGGACCAGAUGAACCAGCACGGCGGACCCGGUGAUGAUGGCCAGAUGUCAGGUUAUGGGCGUCCGAGGAGUUCAACAGCAGGCUCGCGACCCAGCAUCUCGGAUCACGGACGGACCCCUUCAGGACAGGGAUACGGCCAAACCCCCGCCAUGAGCGCGAUAGCCGAAGAGGAAAGGGGCAGAAAGCCUUCGGGAGGAAACCUGCUGUCCAACAUCUUCGGGAAGCGGUCGGAGUCCAAAACAAGGGAGCAGGCUCAGAGACCGCCGCGGUCGCCCCCGGGGCUUGACCAGCCCCAGGGUCUGAACCCACAGGGUCAGAUGCUGGUGGUACAGCGACCGGGACAGCCAGGCUUCUUCCUGCCGGCCCAGGGUCAACAGUUGAGCAUGCAGGGUCAACCAGUGAUACCACCUCAGGGCCAAUACGCUGGGCUGGCCCAGCGGGCACAGCAACUACAGCAGCAACAAUAUCAGGGCCAGGGGAUCCCCAAUGGCCAAGAUCCGAUGCAGAGGCACAAUACAGUAUUACCUGGCCCGUUCCAGCAGCGGCAGACAUCGCCUGGAAUUUCACCCGUCACACAAUCGUCUGCGAGUCCCCUUCUGACAACACAGGCUCCUGGAGGCGCUGUUGCUCAAAGACAGCAGCCGCCGCGACAGGGCUCCCCGUUGUCUAUUCCCCAGAGGGGCCAAGACCAACAACAGCCCCUGGGCGUCGUACAGGUUGCGACAGCGGUACCGAUCCGGCAGGUUGGUAGUUCUCCGAAUAUCAACUCUGGGCAUUUUCAGGACGGCAUUUCUCCCAGCGGCCAGAGCGAUUCAAGCCGCCAGCGAUCUGGAUCAGUAGUCAACCAGAUCGACGUCGGUGGUUCUCGAAAACCUAGCAUGGACAUGCACGGCACCCGCAACCGCGCGGCGUCUCAGUCACUCACACAGCAGCAUCCGGUCCACAUCGCGUCACUUCACGCGCCGAACAGACACACGGGCAAUUCAGCUUCUCCUCGCAAUAGCUCACAGUAUCAGCACCAGGACGCGCCCUCUCAAGGCGCUCAGAAUCUGGAAGACGGCACCCCGGCAUCCUCCGGCCAGCUUGGUGCAUCUUUCCCACCGCAGACCAGGAGGAUAUCGCAGGGCGUCAUGGCAGGCCAGCAGUCACAGAUCUCGGAUCAGCAGCAGGCCAUUUCUGAACGGGCCUCUCCCUCGGAAUCUCCCGCGCCCAAUCAUAGCCAGCAGACCUCCCCUCCGGGCGUACCACCGAAGAAUUCCCCACCGCCGAAUCCGGGACAAGGCUUCGGCUCAACACCAACGCAGUCUUGGGAAAGUCCAAGUGGGCAAGGCCAACCCGCUCCAAUAACACAACAAUCUUCGGUCUACAGGCCUUCGGGACCGCAGAUAGCUGCCGUUGUGCAGAGCUUCACCCAGCAACAGCCACAGUCGCCGUGGAGUAUUGGUCGGCAGAAUGGGCUCAGCCAGUCCGGGCCCUCUGGGCAGCAGUUCUCACCAGCCCAAUUUUCGCAGGGGAUGACGAUGACAUCGCCGCCCCAAGAGCAGAGAUCGGAGAAGGAGGGCACCUUCUCCAAGCUCCUCAAAAGUAGCAAGACCUUUGUGCACCAGAUCUCCGACUCGCAGUCGUUGAACGAUAGGCCGAAGCCAGAAAAAGAGAACAAGGGCAUGAAGGGCAUGAUGGGUGUCUUCAAGAGGCCCUCUAAGGAGCCCAAGCAUCCUGAAUCUGCAAGGCCGCCACCCGGUGGGCCACAAUGGGCUGUCCAGCAGGGUCAGAAUCCUGCCGGCAUGCAGCAGUACAGUUCCAACCAGAGCCCGCAGGCAAAGCCGACAGGAUCGAGACUACCACAGAUGCAGAUGCCUCCAAAGGCACAGCAGGUCAUGGGGAUAGGAGAAGGCGAACAAAAGAUUCCUGUUGAUUCACAGGAUGAGGCGUCGCAGACCCAGACAUCGCAAGCUCAGUCACAGGCUUACAGCGCUGGCCAGCCGUCGCCUGAGCUUCCGCGGGCGCAGCAGUCGAGGAUCACAUCUCAACCAUAUCCGAGCAACCAGCAUGAGAGGCCCUCGCCGCAGAAGACAAGCCCGCCUCUAACUCAGCAACAGACACGUCCUCAGCCACAAAGUGGACGGCCAUCAAUCAGUGCGGACACGUCUCAAACGCCUCACGAGAUGCCACCACACCAACACCACCAGCAGCAACAACAACAGCAACAGCAACAGCAACGGCGGCCCUCUCAGCCACCGGCGGGGCAGACACAGUCGCAGGCGCCAGCAGCGGCAUCCAGCAAUAUGAGAGCAGCAAACGUGAAGCAGCAGAUGGCCCAGCGUGCCCCAGAACCUCAGUACGCUCCGGUCCCCAUCCCGCAAGGAUACGCUACCGUCCAUGGAGAAGGAAUGGCUGCUGCGAAACCAGACGUGAUGAGAGGGCCACCUUACGGGCAACCACUGCCAAUGCCACAGGCAGGCAUACAAUAUCAAGGCGCACCACAUCAAUGGGCAUACCCUGGCAUGGCCCCCGGGCAGGUGUCCGCAGGUGUCCCUCCUCACAUGGUGCAGCAAGGUUGGCCGCAGUAUCCUCCUUACCAGGGGACACCGCCUCCCAUGGUCAUGGCCCAGCAUCCACCUCCUCAACAGCAGUACAUGCAAGGACACCAUGCGACGCCGUCUCCGCCAUCGCAAGGGCAACAACAGCCUCCACCGCAAAUACCGGUACAGCAGCAUAUCCCGCCGUCCUCUACGCACCCACAAUUCCCGAGCACUGCCCCUGGCCAGCAGCAGCAUGUCCCUCAGCAGACAGGCAGCCCCGCCCAACAUGUUGACUUUGCAAGCUCUCAGCAAACUGCGCCUACGCCUGCUGACGUACUGGGUGAUGGCCCUCAGCGUACCGCUCCUCAAACCCAGCAGCAACUUUCGUCAGUGCCUGACGCGAGUCCCGUUAUUCCAGUCUCAAUGGACAGGGGUGGCCGGCCGCAACUCCAGCAGCCAGAGGCGGAGAAGACCGAGUUUGCCCAGGUUCCAUCGCAGACUGUUCCCCGGAGCACCUUUGCUGUUGUCAAGCCACAACCGGGACAAGAUCAGCUUCAGCCUCACCAGGGCUCCAACCUGGUGCCUCAGCGCCAGACCAGCGGUGCUAGCGAGGUGUCAUCUUUGACCUCUGUUCCUGCUACCAAUCAAGGCGGCUCCAGCACUCAGAGCAGCGAGACCAUCCACCAGGUACAACAACAAGCGGCGAAUGUUAGUUCCGAGCGAAUUGUCAUCAGCCCUGAGCCCACGUACGAAAGGCCGCCAGUGACUCUAACAGAUGACCCUCCAAAAGUGGAAUCACCUACACCGUCUUCAUCGGCUGAGCAGGAAGACAUAUAUGGUGCCACGCCGCGACAAUCACAGCACGCAUCACCGGUACAGCCCAAGGAGUACCAGCAGCAGCAGGCUGCCGUGGCCCACACCGUCAAUAUAUCACCGGCGCAAGAGCCUCCUGGAGAACCUGAGGCUAAGUUUGCUGGGCCUUUGCCGAGCAGGAGUCCGGAAACCCAGCCUGCGGCCAAGAACGAGCCAUCUCCGGCCCAGCAGGGCUUUGUUGUUGACGUGCCGCCGGUGAUCAUCGAGCCGGCAACUGCGACCAACCCUUCGGCACCGAGUCCAGCGCCGCGCGUGCCUACCCCGAAAUCCACAUCCCCAGACGAGGUCGAACCUCCAUCGCCGACGGACUCAGAGCUAGGCAAGAAGCGCAAGAGCGACAGUGGCAGUGAGUCAAGACAAGGCGAGGAGGGCAUCAACGGCGGCAUAGCCAACGGCGCAAGCAGCGGCAAGCCGGUACAAACAUCACAAGAGAUCUUUGAAGAGCACAAGCGAAAGCAACUUGUGCGCGACAUGGAAGAGAAGAUUGCUCUCAACCCAACCGAGCCUGACGACUCGAUGAUGCUGGGUACUGGUGGAAAGAAGAAGGGCGAGGACGCGCCUCUCAUGAGUGCUACCAGCUACCCCGGGCAAGAAUGGAAUCCGUAUGGAGAUGCGUGGAUAGACGAUGAUCUGUGAGGUGGUUCCAAGGGGUUCUCGAGAAAAUUUCCAGGCCCGUCCCUUUGUUUUGCACAUCUCAUGCAGAUCUCUGGCCAUAUAGGUUUCAGAUGUUUGAGCUUGGGUCUUUCUAGAUUAAUUUGUUUUGUCUCUUUUUGCCUCGGGGGAAAUCCCCAAAUCAUCUCCAGAUACUAGCUGGAUGAUCUCGGGACGGCUGCGGCAGCUACGCCAGCCAGUCUUGUAUAAGCCUGUUCAUACCCAUUUACUACCUUUGUUCAUAUUUCUGGUAAUUCUUAUAUCUAUCUUGUGUGGUCUUAGAUUGCAUGUGUGGUGGGGGAGGGUACCCGCUCAUAGAACGAAUGUUUAAUGACUGUCUUAACAGUCUCAUCUGAUUAUAAC